GGCAGAAGAUGAAUGGAUGGAGGCACCCAUUAUCCAACAAUUUCCCAACUCUACGCUGAGCAAUUCUUCAACUCAUCAACAUCAGCACAAUAAUUCAUUUUCCAUCUCACGUGAUGCUGUUGACUUCCUCAAGGGCUUAACUUCCACCCGCUUCAUGCCGUCCUUCUACAUCAUCAUCAUCCUCAUCAGUUUGCCCCUGAACGCUUUGGCUUUGGUGACGUUCACCUGCAGGAUCAGAGAAAAGAAACCAGCUGUGAUCUACAUGUCUCACCUGGCGUGUGUGGAUCUGCUCUUCGCCCUGCUGCUGCCUCUGAAGAUCCACUACCAGCUGAAUGCUGAUUGGCUGUUUGGUGAGGCGGCGUGUCGUGUGCUCACUGCAGCUUAUUACUGCUACAUGUACUGCUCCAUACUGCUGAUGAUGUGCAUGAGUGUGGACAGACUGCUGGGUGUUGCGCUUCCUAUUGCUUCGUUAACCUGGAGGAGCACAAGGAAAGCCUCAUGCGUGUGUGUGCUGGUCUGGCUGCUGGCGCUCGCUGGUACUGUGCCACUGCUCUCAAUGAGACAAACAUUUCCCAUUAAAAAUGUUGGCAUGACCUGCCAUGAUGCCCUGCUGCAAGACCCAUCUGGACAUCGUUACAAGUACCUGUUCUUCAUCCUCUCCUGCCUGUAUUUCUUUGUGCCGCUGGUCAUCACUUUAUUGAGCUACUCCAUCAUCAUAUAUGUGCUCAGUGUAAAGCCUGCCCAGAUGGCAUCUUUGUUCAAAUUAAGAAGAGCUGUGAUUAGGUUUAUUUCUGUGCUGACUGAGUUUGUUGUGUGUUUUGGUCCAACCAACGGCAUCUUGUUGUAUCACUGUAUUCGUUUAGCUACUGGAAAAGACAGUGAAGGAGAUUCAUCAUAUGCUGCUUACCUGUUGGCUGUGUGUUUGGGGAGCUCAAGUGUUUUUCUGGACCCUCUUCUGUACUAUUAUGGUUCAUCUCAUUACAGACAGAUAAUCCAGUCUGUGCUGAGAAGGACAAAAGCAGAAGAAACAACACCAGCAUAUGAAACAGUGCUUCUGAAAUGAGUCGUCAGCUAUGAGCUGCGAAAUUAAUCCUUCACUUUGUUUCUGCACUUUGUUGUUUAUGAGUAUUUACUAGAGCACACACACACUUUUCAGCACUGAUAAAUACUGUAUGCUUCUGAUUGACUGAUGUAUUCACACACUUAACAGAAAUGUGUGUGUGAUUGGAUAUUAUUUACCUAAUAGCUAGCGUUUAUUUGGUAAUAUCAGUGUCAUUUGGGUGGCACGGUGGCUCAGUGGUUAGCACUGUUGCCUCACAGCAAGAAGGUUGCUUGUUUCGAGUUGGCAUUUCUGUGUGGAGUUUGUUCUCCCGGUGUUGGUGUGGGUUUCCUCCUGGUGCUCCAGUUUCCCCCACAGUUCAAAGACAUGCGCUGUAGUGAAUGAGAUGAACUAAAUAAAGUUUCGAUCACGGAUCACGUGCUUAUGAUUUUACACGACUGGUCCCAUAUUAGCUAACAUGUUGCCUCACAGCAAGAUUGUCACAGGUUAAAGUCCCUAUUGAACCAGUCGAUGAUUCUGUGUGAAGUUUGCAUGUUCUCCUUGGGCUUGUGUGGGUUUCUCCUGGGUUCCACGGUUUCCUCCCACAGUCCAAAAACAUGCGACCUAAGUAAAUUAAACAUUCUAAAUUGGCAUCAUAGUCGAACUCUUAGUAAGCCUGUUAUUAGCCAGAAAUAAGUUGGGGGAGUUAAUCAAGAUCUAACUGAGCUGAAACUCUCUUCUCGCCCUGCUAACAGGAGGAAACCAAAGGCCUGAGGAUCUGAUGAGCUCAGGGCUGUUAAGUUCAGUUAAGUGUGAACUCUUAAAAUUGACCCUAGUGUAUGAGUGUGUGUGUUUGUGAAUGUAAGAGUGUUUGGGUGUCUCCCAGUAUCAGGUUGCGGUUGGAAGGGCAUCCG